GGCGAUGGUGGACAUAGUGGUGUGUUGUGUUGUUUUUGCGUCAUUUGCGUGGAUUUAGAAGAAAGAAACCCUGAUUAUACAGUUUUUCUAAAAGAAAAUCCAUUAUCUUUACAAUGUCGGAGAAAAUGGGGUUCGAGACGUUACGAGCGAAGUACAAAGAUGUACUCUCAAAAGCCUUCAGCACUAAUAACAUUGACUUGCUUGACUCGUUCUCUAAGAACAUUAACGAGUCAGAUAGAAAAGCCGCCAUGGACCAAGCAUUUCGAGAUAAACUGCUCGAGCUUCUUACUGAAGACGCGGAAACUCUUGAGAGCUAUGUGAGCUUCUGUAUAGAAUCUUGCAGAAGACACAUGGUUACUCCCACAAUGCCCGUAGUGCUUCUCGGCGACAUAUUCGACGCUCUUACCUUAAACAAAUGUGAAAAGAUGUUUACCUAUGUUGAAAAUGGUGUAAACAUUUGGAAAGAAGAACUAUUCUUUGUCGCUUGCAAGAAUAAUUUAUUAAGAAUGUGCAAUGAUUUGCUGAGGCGUUUAUCUAGGUCUCAGAACACUGUGUUUUGCGGAAGAAUUCUUUUGUUUUUGGCCAAGUUUUUCCCUUUCUCUGAGCGCUCUGGUUUGAACAUAGUGUCAGAAUUCAAUUUGGAGAAUGUAACGGAAUUUGGCGGAGACAACACAAGCACUCUAAAAGACUCGUUGGAUGAAGAAAUUAUGGUGGAAGAGAAGACUAAGCUGAAUAUAGACUACAACUUGUAUUGUAGGUUUUGGAGCCUGCAGGACUUUUUCAGGAAUCCAAAUACAUGUUAUAACAAGAUACAGUGGAAGACUUUUGUUGCUCAUUCCGGCAGUGUCCUAUCCGCCUUCUCCUCCUACAAGCUAGAAGCUAUAGAGCUCCAGAAAUCCAAGAUGAACCGUCUGAAGCCCGUCACUGACAGUGACAUGCAGGGCACGAAGGAACAGCACUAUUUCGCCAAGUUCCUCACAAAUCAGAAACUGUUGGAGCUGCAACUGUCGGACUCGAAUUUUAGGAGAUGUGUGCUUAUACAGUUUUUGAUACUGUUCCAGUAUUUGUCGUCUAGUGUUAAGUUUAAGAUGGAAACUCAAGAACUAAAGAAGGACCAGACAGACUGGGUAAAGGAGACCACAGCCCUCAUAUACCGGCUGUUAGGAGAGACUCCGCCGGACGGGCAGCGGUUUGCAGAGUGUGUACAGCACAUACUCAAGCGGGAGGAGCAUUGGAAUGCUUGGAAGAAUGACGGGUGUCCAGAGUUCCAAAAGCCUAAAACACCCGCUGCGGGCGAGGAGGAGAUCCGCAAAAGCAAAGUCCGCAGACGGCCUGUUGGCGACAUCAUCAAGGAAUAUGAGGGACAGCAGAAAUGCUAUAUGGGGAACAAUGAUCUGACAAGGCUAUGGAACCUGUGUCCGGACAAUCUCUCUGCCUGUCGCACUAAAGAACGGGACUUCAUGCCUUCACUACAUAGUUACAUGGCAACAGCGCUAGAGCCCGGCGUGGGCGCGCGACGCACAGCCGACGGCGCUUGGGGCUGGCGCGCGCUCCGCUUGUUAGCGAGGCGGUCGCCACACUUCUUCAUACACACCAACACCCCUAUAGGCCGCUUACCCGACUAUCUGGCCGACAUGGUGAAACGCGUGACGCGUGAUGCCGCCUUGGCAGAGUCUAGUAGCAACGGAGACGUCGCUAGCGCCAUCAAGCAGGAACUCAAACAGGAGCCCGCUGAUGAGGAGGUCGGUGAGGAACAGAUGGAGGAGGUGGUGAUUAAAGAAGAAGAUAAUAACGAUAUGGAGCAGGUGCCCGACUCGACGAACGACGAGUACGACGACAAGGCCGCCCGCACGCGCGUCACCAUGCUAGCGCCCGCGCAGAUGGACGCCCUCUGCCCCGCGCUGGGCGACUGGAAGAAACUCGCCGCCAAACUGGGCUUUAAGCCCGACGAGAUACAGUACUUCGAGACGGAGAACGCCACGGACUUGCUCAGAGCUAAGAACAUGCUUCAGUUGUGGUGCGACGACGAUGAGGACGCGUCGGUUGAGAAUUUGCUUUACAUUAUGGAGGGACUUGGGAUGGCCGAGGCGUGCGAGGCGCUUAGGAGCGCGAAGUGAUUAAGUCUAAUUAAUUAAUACGUAAGGAGUUGUUCAGUUUUUUUGCGAUGAAUGAAGAUUGUUUAUACAGGUGGGUAAAAAAUAAGUGCCUUCCCGUUGCCAGGGAGGUUUUGGGAUUAUACUGAGCAACUUUUACUAUGGGGCCGACCUAUACCGACCUAUACAUAUAAAGUAAGUAUAUAGACCGACCAAGAAAUCGCGAAAAAAAAAUUUACCCUCCCGUAGAAAAUGGACCAGCCAAAUUUUUUUUCGCGAUUUCGGGGGUUGGUCCCAUAGUUAAAGUUGCUCAGUAUAAUCCCAAAUACAUUGUUGCCAACCUUAUUUUAAAUGUCAUCUCUGACAAAUAAGUGAACCAUAGACAUGUUUUUUAAUUUCAUUUUUUUUUAUCCAACAGAAGUGUCUCAGAUUAUAUAUUUAAAAUACCGUACGUAGAAGUCCACAAGACUACAUGAAAAAUAAUCAUAAUCAUUUUAUUCAAAAAACCAAUUUACAUGCCAAAAACUUAAAAUUAGAAAACAAGAAACUAUAAAUUGAGAUAAAACUUAAAAUUAAUAUCUAACUCAACAAUAAAAAUACAAUUAGGUGUAACAAAUGAAAUAAAACUAUGAAAACGGAUUAUAUCGCGUAUAUUGAAUUUAUAAUAUAUCCCGACCACCAGCUUGGGAUCCUGUAGUCCACCUGAUAAAGGAGCAAGCGAGACAUAGACUGUGAGACCUUAGUGUUGGAUGAUGCUGGACAUUCUGAUGUUUUGAAAAGAUGUGUCCCGCCGAGUUUGUUGCCGGUCCCAUAUUGGGAUACCCUCCUACAAUUUAGGAGGGAAUUAAAUCUUCUCGGGUCCGUGGUGUAGAGUUUUUAUCGCGUAUAUAUAUAUAUCUUUACUUGAAAAAUAAUUAUAGUGUAUAACUAGCCUUAUGAACCGAUUUUUCAUGUACAACCAGCCUUAAAGUUUGUAGUCUAUGAUUGUUCAUUAUUUUAGUAUGUGGGUAUUUUUGCACUUUGUAAUUUUUCCUCAGUCACCCGUUGACCACGAACGCUGUAAAGAGUUCGAAACGUCGGGAUGUAUUAUAAAUUCAAUAUACGCGAUAUAAUCCGUUUUCAUAGUUUUAUUUCAUGAGUAACUAUCGCGGUAACCGAAGACAAUAUUAGGUGUAACAAAAAUAAAAAUAGUACAACAAAAAUAAUAUUUGUUAAAUUUACAAUUUUAUUUCAAAAUAAAAGGUCUCAAGUACUUGGUCGUAGAAAAAGUACAUAUCAAAAAAUACUCGUGGCGUAUUUAUUAAGACUAUACUCACGCCACUCGCCUUUUUUGACCUUUUAAACAACGGUUGCAUAAAUACUAUUUCGGAACGUUGGUUUGUGAA